AGGAAAAUUGCGCGCAGCUAACUUAACGUUGUUCAGUAUUUUUGCAACGCUUGCAUACAGCCACACUUGUCGAUACAUAAGUAACUAUUGCAAACAUGUUGGUCAAGCACAUUGUCAAGCAGGGUCUGCUGUUCAGAAAUGCUGGUGCCAUGUCGCGCGCCGCUUACCAUGGUGGACACCAUCAACACUCCACCAUGAACGAUUUGCCUGUACCAGCUGGUGACUGGAAGGAGCAACAUAGCCGUAAUAACACCAAAUAUAAUGCCGCCCUCUUGACUGGAAUUCUGGUUCUGGCUGGCACAAUUGGCUUUGUGAAAUCUUCGGGCUUGAUACACUUGAACUACAGCCCUCCCAGAAGCUUGGAUUAGAUAUUCGCUAAUCACGUAUAUUGCAGAUAAUUAUGUGUUAAAUAAGCUUAAAGUGGCGAAUCAGUAAAUCACUAUCCCAAA